AAGGCUUGAAACCACAUUUGUCCAUAUCAGCCUUCCUCUUCCGUUCAUCAAGCGAACAUGGAGAGAACUGCUCUUCUCAUCGUAUUGGUAUCAAGUCUGCUGAUAUCCAAGUCGGCAGGCCAAUUUGUGAGAGGAUAUAAUGCAAGUUACUUCGACAUUAUCUUGGAAGAAGUUUCGAUCAAAAAGAACGGAGAGGAAUUUUCGGUUGAAUUCAAAAACAUCAGAACUCUUUGGAGUGACAAGAUAAGGUCCUUGUGGUUUGUAAAUGAAGUUCCGAUUCUAAUGGACGAUUUUGACUGGUUUGCUGAAGAUACCUCGACCACAUCGACAUUGAAAAAGAUUUAUAAAAAAAAAGACAUAGAAAAAUUACCAAUAAAAGUCAACCUAUACUCACCGAAUGGUAUGAUAACAGUUGAUUUUGGAAAAAGCGACAGUGCACGGAGAAACUUUAAGUACAGCGUUUCUUCGGAACGGGAUCGCUUGCUUUAUGUGGAGCGUUUUACAAUACCUCUAACAGAUGGAUUAGUGUAUACCACUGAUACAGAUCUCCAGGGGAAAGGAUUGACUAUUAAUGAUAAAAGUCUACAAUGGGAGGUAAUGGAUGUACCAUUUUAUGAUAGAACGAUUGGAAAAGCUUUUUCAUUCAAACGCAAAAUUCCAAUAAAAUCGGAUUCUACCUCAGAAUGGACUUAUUACGGCGUUAAGAAUAAAAAGUCCGUUUAUGGACAAAUCCACCUCGCAGCAAAGGUGAAAGGUAAUUCCUAUUAUGACAAGCCCAUCAUUUUGAACUUCAUCAGAAAUGUUCAGAUCUACACUCCCCCGCGGUAUAGCACCACCAAUAAUUUCCCGAUCUUCUAUCUGCGUGACCAGACCUUCUUCAAGGACAUCACUUCCAAGUCCUCCCGUCUCUAUCAGUGCUCCAUUAUAGAAGAUGAUCUGAAUCCCGGGGACGCCUGGAUGUAUAUGAUGACCAAUUCAUCGUCACAAAAAAUUGAUUUGCGAUACUUUUCGUACAAGUAUGUACGUUAUGGUUUUCAAACGGAGCUCUACGCCAUUGUCAAGGACCCUUCCUACGUUCUGGACGAUGCAUACUGUAUUACUACGAAGGACCGCUCUGGAUACGAAAUAAAUAAAAAAGAUUAAAUUUGGUUUUCUUUAUAAAAAGUUCUUACUCACCAUUCUAUGUCAAAUGUAGCAUUCGUAAAUGAAGAGAAAUAUUGCUAGUACCUUUUAUUACAUGUUAAUACGAAUAAAGAUUUAGUCAACAUUA